AUGGCUUCGAAAUCACGAGUGUUUGAGUAUGAGGAUGCGAAUGGGGCUACAAUGGAAGGAGUCCUGUAUCUUCCUUUGAAGGCACACGGACCUCGAGAGCUGCCGGCUGUGCUGGUUCUACACGCUUUUGGUGGAUGCGGAGAUUUUGAGUGUGGGAGAGCUGAAACCCUUGCAAAUUUGGGCUUCGCAGCACUCGCUGUUGAUGUAUAUGGGAAGGGAAAACGAGGACGAAAUGUUGAAGAGAAUUUUGCAUUGAUGAAGCCUCUUGUGAAUGACAGGACAGGAAUACUGAAGACUCGCCUUUUGGCCGCUUUUGAUGAAGUCCGAAAGUUGGAGGAGGUCAACCCGGGGCUGGUGGGUGCUAUUGGCUACUGUUUCGGUGGAUUAUGCGCUCUGGAUUUAGCCCGCUACAAUGUUGGCUUGAAGGCUGCAGUGUCUUUCCAUGGAACAUUGUCACCAUUACCUGAUACAGAACUUACAACAACAUCGACAUCAAUGCAAGUGCAUCACGGAGAUGGUGAUAUCCACAUCAAAAUGCCGAUUUCUGAAUUUAUGGAAGAAAUGAGGUCCAGAAAAGCGGACUGGAUGUUCACAUCGUACGGAAAAGCAGAGCACGGAUUUACCGAGCCUCGCAUUGGCGAACUUGGACAUCCGGGUGUCUCGUACAACAAAGAAGCCGAUACCAGAUCAUGGCAAGCGGCCGUGGCUUUUCUCAACGAACGUCUUCAACAGCAGUCGGCGUGCGUGGUUGAAGGCAAGGGAUGGGCAGGAAUGAAAGACAUAUCGCCAAGAGUCGAACUGGUAUCAGUGCGCAGUCCGCAUCGCGAAUACCAGUUCUCAAUCGUGUUGGGUGAAAUCUAUCGGGUCAUCAACGGCCGAGGAUGGACACACCGCAAUCUCGCACUACAGUAUGUUAGAGAGAAUUAUGACAGGAACUUCGACGCGGUGCUUUAUUUCGCUGAUGACGAUAAUUCUUACGAUGUUCGGCUGUUUAACAAUUACAUUCGGAAUGUGUCGAGGAUUGGAGUCUGGGCUGUUGGCUUGGUAGGUGGAGCAUGGGUGGAAGCUCCGCAUGUUUCCGCGAAAGGCAAAGUGAUCGCUUGGGAUGUGAUGUUUGCUCCUAAUCGCCCCUUCGCUACUGACAUGGCUGGGUUCGCCAUCAACACCAAGGAGCUUUUCAGAGCAAGGAACGCCACAUUCAACGCUCACUGUGCAAAAAACUACAAGCAAGGCCCCGAGUCCUGUUUUCUGUCGCAGUUUGGCUUCACGAAACAACAUUUGGAGCCGUUUGGAUACAAAGAGUACCCAAAGGAAAUUCUAGUCUGGCACACGAAAACGUCUAAAUCUAAAACGAGAGGACCAAAGCGUGGUUAUGCUAUAGAAUAA